ACGAUAGCUAAGUGUAGCGCUGUGCCAUUGCAUCACUAUCGUCCCCGAGGCACGUAAGUUGUGCCUCAGGGCAUCGUGCACAACCAGAGCUCUCUGUUGCUCAUAUCGAUGAGUGGACUGUCUGGAUGGUAUAUGGAAUGUGCGGGAUAAUUCGGAGAAGGUGGAAGGACGGACGGGCUGCCUUGUUUGGAGAGUAGGAUUGACCCAAGACGCUGUACCACUGUACCGUACCGUCGUUUCACCACCGUCCACUGUCUUGGGUUCGACCUCUACCUUCAUGGCCCCCUCUCUGCGCUUCAUCAUCCCCCACAAUGUGUGGCCUGCCAACAGACCGUUUGGCCGUCGUCCCUAAUGCCCAACAACCCUCUGGAGCUACCGCCCGCUCUCGAAUCCGGUCUACAAGUCGCGUCGUGGUGAACCACAUCGUGAAACAUACUGGAGUUGGUAUCGUAUGUGCUGUAGCAUAUUUUGACCCUGGCAAUUGGGGCGUGGAUCUACAAGCUGGUUCUCAGUUUGGGUAUAAACUACUUUUCAUUGUUCUCCUUGCAGGAUUAUUCGCUGCCUUUCUACAGGUCCUUGCCUCACGCCUCGGGUGUGUGACAGGCCUCGAUCUAGCAUCACAUUGUCGUCUUCUCCUCUACAAUCGUCCGAAACGCCCACGAUUGUAUCGCUGGUUGCUGCUUUAUCCUUUGUAUGCUCUCUCAGAGAUUGCAAUUAUCAGCACCGACCUGGCCGAGUUGCUAGGCUCUGCCAUAGCACUCUGUCUGUUGUUCCCACGACUGCCUUUAUGGGCUGGUGUCCUUCUCACAGCAUCAGACGUCCUGUUGCUCCUUGCACUUGGCAAUCCCCUGGGUGGACGGCCUGUUCGGCUGUUUGAAUUACUCAUAGCUGCAUUGGUCCUCACAGUGCUCGUAUGCAUGGCCAUAAUUAUAUCGAAAGUAGGCGUGCACUGGGGCCAGGCCUUCUACGGUUUUGUACCUUCCAAUUCAAUCUUCAAAUCGGGCGCAUUGUACACAUCCAUUGGAAUUAUCGGUGCCACGGUGAUGCCCCAUAGCUUGUUCCUCGGCUCAGCAUUAGCUACCCAAGACCGAAUAACGUCUUCUACUGAACUGACUAAGCCUGUGUUCUCCGUGUCUUCCGCAACUUCAUCUCAGUCCGGCUUCACUUCCGCUAGUCUCGCAACGUUCAGAAGAUCAAGAUUACAAUCGGGCUUUCAACAUUUCAAAGUCGCAUUCUUGACGGCUUUCCGCAUUGUCCCCGUUGAGGAGUUUGCUAAUAAUCCUACGACUCAUGCUGAACACGAAAAUCGGCCUCUUGCCAUCGUGCGGGCACACAUAUACCAUGGCAUGGUCGAUAUCGUAGUCAGCCUGCUCGGCUUCGCCGUCGCCAUCAACGCCAUGAUCCUCAUUCUGGCAAGUGCGGUGUUCUUUUAUGGGUCUGGCAAAGGGUCUGGUGGACCAGCAAGUCUUUUCGAUGCAUAUGACCUCCUGAGAGACAUUGUAGGCAAACCUGCUGCAACGCUGUUUGCCCUCGCGCUUCUCGCAUCUGGUCAAAGUUCUUCUAUCAUCGCUACAAUGGCUGGCCAAAUAGUAUCUGAAGGCUUUCUACGUUGGAGAAUAUCGGUAUGUUUGACUAGCAGUUCUUCAUGUGUCCUUCACUUAUCCGUUUCAUUAGCCCAUUCUUCGUCGAUUGAUAACCCGUUGUCUAGGCCUAAUCCCUUCCAUGAUCGUUGCCGUUUCUGUCGGUCGUUCUGGCGUCGACACACUUCUCGUCGCCUCGCAAGUGGCAUUGUCAAUCGUUCUCCCUUUUAUAGUGUUUCCUCUCAUAUGGUUAACGUCCUCAAGUUCAAUCAUGAUUGCGAAGUCAUCUCCUAUUCAACUCUCAGAACACCCACAGAACACUCAGGAACAACUUCAGGAUCACUCGGAUGAGUCACGCGGAGUGGACGUUGAGGACGCUAGCGGAGAAACCGUAAACUUUGCCAACAACAGGUUUGUCGCAGCUGUGGGCUACGCGAUAUUUGUGCUCGUUGCGGCGGCGAAUGUCUAUGCCAUUGUUAGUCUAGCUAUGGGGCAGGAGCUCUGAAGCGUCGCGUAGUAUGUAAUGGACUGGAUAUAAUAUCAAUUCAUGGACUAUAUGGAAGCAUAAUGCAAUUGCGAUCUAAAUGACGAUUGACGAAGGAUACAAAAUAAUGCGAUGAAGCAAGAGAUACGCCUAGAGGAGCUUUUCCAGGGGAUUGAUGACAGUGCCAGGCUGAAGAACGUGUGAGCCAAGGCGUCCAGAAGAUACAAUAGAGACGUACCUUCGUAACAAUUUUGGGGAGGGUACCCCUUUGGAAGCCCACUCGGGUAUUCCACUCUGUGCCUAUAGGUAUAUCCAUGCUGCGCUCGAACUGCGCUUUGCUGGUAUAUGGAUAAGGAAGAUCCUUGACCAUGUACUUCGCCGCCUUCUUGUCUCUUUUCUCAGAGAUGAUGACAUGUGCUUUCUUGUAAUCCGCUCGAGUAGUAGGAUCCACACCAGCGACCUUCUUGAUGAGAUGCGGCUUUGGCUGUGCUUUUCUGGUUCCCGUGCCACCCCAUGAGCC